AUGGAUCCAGGAUUUUCGACGGAUGAUAUUGCUCCGAUCGCCAUCCUUAUGGAUGAGUUACGUUCGGAGGAUGUUCAACUUCGACUGAACGCCAUUCACCGCAUUUCAACAAUCGCCCUCGCCCUUGGCCCAGAACGCGCUCGCGGCGAGCUUAUACCUUUCUUGCAAGAAUCUGUCGAUGAUGAGGACGAGGUCCUGCUUGCCUUAGCUGAGGAACUUGGUAGAAACUUUGAGGAGUACAUCGGUGGCGCCGAGUACGCUCAAUUGCUGCUCGGACCCCUGGAGAAUCUCUCUGCGGUCGAGGAGACGCUUGUCAGGGACAAGGCUGCAGAAUCCAUUACCAAAGUAUCUGAGGUAUUGAACUCGAGUCAAAUAGAGCAAUACUACCUUCCUCUAGUACAGCGGCUGUCGCGUGGCGAGUGGUUCACGUCGCGCACUUCCUCAUGUGCCUUGUAUGCGCCGGUGUAUGACAAAGUUGGGACCGCAAUGCAAGAUGACUUGCGCCGAGCUUUUGCUUCUCUAGGAACGGACGAUACCCCGAUGGUGCGGCGAGCGGCAGCGAAAUGGCUUGGGCCGUUUAUCAAGAAGCUGUCGAAGCCUCACGUUCUAGCAGAUGGACUGGCCGUCUACCGGAGACUGCAGUCGGAUGAUCAAGAUUCUGUCCGCCUUUUGACCGUAGAGGACCUGAUCGCAAUUGCCCAACAUUUGACACCGGCAGAAGUCAAGGACUUGUUACUCAAGCAAAUUCGACAAACCAUUACUGACAAGAGUUGGAGAGUACGAUAUAUGGCAGCCAGUCAUUUUAACGAGCUCGCAGAGACAGUGGGACAGGAGAUGGUGAGAGAGGAGCUGAUCGGACACUAUGUUCAGCUUCUAAAAGACAAUGAAGCUGAAGUUAGAACUGCCGCAGCUGGACAGAUCCCAGGGUUUUCCAAGCUGCUCGAAAAGGAAGUGAUACUGGCACGUAUUGUGCCUUGCGUGCGAGAUCUUUGUCAAGACACCUCUCAACAUGUUCGCGCAGCCCUAGCUAAUCAAAUAAGCGGACUUGCACCGCUCCUAGGCAAGGACGCUACAAUCGAACACCUGUUGCCCCUCUUUCUCCACCUUCUCAAGGAUGAGUUCCCUGAGGUGCGGUUAAACAUUAUCAGUAAACUCGAGCAGGUCAAUACUGUGAUCGGGAUUGAACUCCUGUCGGAGAGCUUGCUUCCUGCAAUUGUCGAGCUUGCCGAAGACAAAUCGUGGCGCGUGCGGCAAGCCAUCAUUGAGUAUAUACCUCUCCUUGCGAACCAGCUGGGGAAGCCUUUCUUCGAUGAGCAACUAGGAAAUCUUUGUAUGUCAUGGCUGGGAGAUACAGUGUUCAGCAUUAGAGAAGCUGCGAUCGUCAACCUUAAGAAAUUGACGGAGGUAUUCGGUGUAGACUGGGCCAAGGUUCAGAUCGUACCCAAGGUGGUUGGCAUGGGUCAACACCCGAACUAUUUGUAUCGAAUGACCACAGUACAGGCAAUUACGGUCAUUGCACCUUCAUUCACUCUCGAGAUCGUUCGUGGCGACAUACUCGAGACCCUGCUGCAACUAGCCAAUGAUCCUAUACCUAACAUCAGGUUCAACGUUGCGAAGGCUCUUGAGGUCUUGGGGACGACAUUCGGUGACCGUGCUGAAGGUCGGCAAUUGAUUGAGCAGAAGGUUUUCCCAGUCUUGGAGAUGCUGAAGAACGAUCAAGACGCUGAUGUGCGAUUCUUCGCUGCACGUGGGCUACAGAAAACUCACGAGGCGGGAGGUAAGCUUUCACUAGCCGCUGCUGGACUAAAACAACCCUGA